AAUCGUUUCAAGCUCAAUCAUGAAGAAACGCCUUGGGUAAAACCAUAUGACAAACCGAACCAGUUACACUUCUUUUGCUUCUUCUUCUUCGUCGUAAAUAUUUAUCUUUUGUAACAAAAACAACAACAACCUCCCAGGACUAUAAAAGCUGAAUUCAAUUACAAAAAUAUUUUUAGUUGUGAACUGGAUUGAUUUUUGUGAGGAACAAAGUUAAAAAGAAAAAAAAAAUGAAAUAUUUUGUGAUAUUUUUCACAAUUUUGGUCGUUUUUGCAUCAUUUGUGAUGUGUGGACCGAUCUCGAAAGCGCUCGCAAAGUCAGAGGCUCGGGCAAAAGCUGAUCCAGAAGCUCGUGCGUCGCGUUCCUUUGGAGGUUUCGGAGGAUUUGGCGGCUUUGGAAGCUUCUCAAAUGAGAGAUUCGGAUACGGCGGAUAUCGACCACAUUAUGGAGGAUAUGGAGGAUACGGCGGAUACGGCGGUUACGGCGGAUUCCCUGGAUUUGGAUUUGGUCGUAGAAGAUAAAAAAAAUUACUUAGUAUUCUAGAAAUAAAUAGUUAAGCAAUAAAAAAAUGAAAGUAU